AUAUGGCGACUCUCUCGCGCCGCAGUCUUUGCUUCUUGGAGACCGAGUCACGUCGUGACUCUUGUGAUACACCUUUUUCUCUUACCUCCUCCAUGGAGUGGGACACUCAGGUGGUGGAAGGGUUCUCCCCUCUCGGGUCUUCCGGGUCUAAGGUGAAGGCGUCUUCUGUCGACCUGCGGCUGCCUGCGUGGUUGGAGCCGGAGAGAUGUGCCGUGUUUCAUUGCGCGCGGUGCUACGCGGUGCUCGGCGACACCCUGCACCUCGCCUGGGACCUGUCGCGGUCCCUCGGCGCCCUGGCCUUCUCCAAAGUCACAAACAACGUCGUUUUGUUAGAGCCCUUUUUGGUUGGGAUAGAAGGUUCACUCAAGUCCAGCACAUACAACCUUUUAUUCUGUAAUUCCUGUGGGACUCCUGUUGGCUUCCAUUUAUAUUCUACCCAUGCUGCUCUGGCUGCCUUGAGAGGCCAUUUCUGCCUUUCUAGUGAUAAAAUGCUGUGCUAUCUGUUAAAAACAAAGGCCAUAGUAAAUACAUCUGAAACGGAUUUUCACAAUGUGUCUUUACCACAAAAGAUUGCAGAGCUGAAAGAGAAGAUAAUGCUAAUGCAUACUCGUUUAAACUCACUGAUGGGGCUUCUGAAGGGAAAGUCUCCUGAUCAGCCUAAUCAAGAAAACCAACAAGCAAGGUAG